AUGGGGAAGAUUAUGAAGCCAGGAAAGGUGGUGAUCGUGCUGGGAGGCCGAUUCGCGGGUAGAAAGGCUGUGGUUGUGAAGAACAACGACGAUGGAACAGCAGAUCGUCAGUACGGACACGCACUUGUCGCUGGCAUCGACAAGUACCCGAGAAAGGUGACGAAGAAGAUGGGGAAGAAGCGCAUGGCCAAGCGAUCUCGCGUCACCCCGUUCUUGAAGGUCCUCAACUACAACCACCUGAUGCCGACGAGAUACUCCGUCGACAUCACAUUCGACAAGAACAAGGUCAACAAGGAGGUCAUCAAGGACGCAGUCAAGCGGAAGAAGGCAAAGUUCCAAGUGAAGAAGAGCUUCGAGGAACGCUACAAGUCCGGCAAGAGCAAGUGGUUCUUCUCCAAACUCCGGUUCUAA